GCAUGGGAGUGACCUGCAGCCCUUUUAAACAAUAUCUGUUUACCGAGAGGCUCGUCGCCUGCAUGGCAAGCAGCGUGCCUCCCCGUUUACGUCAUGCUGCCCUUCGCGCUGCUGACAGUGUCCGGGAAGUCUUUGCCUCGAUCGAUGCCAUUGAUGAUGCGAUGCUACGGGACAUGGUUUUCACCAAGUUCUCCCCUGCUGUCCUGACUGCGGUUUGUCCGCGACCGGGUGCAACACCCGCCGAUGGUCCUGACCGCACCUUUGAUUAUGGCCGCGACUUGCGCUAUCUCCAACUGGUCUUUGCCCUAGCGAGGAAUGCCAACUGGCACCUCCAUUUGUCUGGGGAUGGCCAUAUAGAUCGGUGCAUUAACAUGAUUGCAUGGUACUGCAAACCAUACCAGUCGCAUACCUUUUACCUAGCCGGUAUCUUCCUCCGAAUCGCAUCUGAACAGGCGUCAGUUACACCCCUCGCUUCUAUCACAGAGCAGCAGUGGUGGGAGGUGAUAAGAUGGGCAUGGGACUCUGCUUACGGCACAACUGGCGACAUGCACUGCUUCGAGUUCCUUCCCAUUCUUGUGGAAGGGACAAAGAAGCAUAUAGAGAUCGCCGCGAAAUCCGAUCUCGAGCAGCUUCUCGAAGCUCUGGAUGAUUUGCUGCGGCGUUCAAAGCAGAGGGAGGGUGUCCUCGUUGUUGUGAGAGGGUUGAGGGCUGUAGCACGCGAGAGGCUUGAGAAGCUUGAGAGGUCCGGUCAAUAGUUUUUAGGCAGGAAAUAUGUUAUUAGUCCCCCGAUUAUCACGAUGCUCGCAUAUUCUGGGAUCGCAGGAGGGGAUGGUGAGCAGUGCAAGUGCAUAAGGUACACGAGAUGAGAAGCAGCAAACAGGAAGACCUGAACAAACGUAAUGACUCUAAAUCGAUGGACGUACAUCUGCAAUGCACACGGGGAUUAAUGCGAUGCAAAGACUCGAGACACCAGCAUAUAA